AGCUCACCCAACUACCUUAGGACACUGCAGAGAGCAGGAGGGAGGCAGGGAGAGGGAGAGGAAAAGAGUGAGCAUGAGAGAGUGAAAGAGAGAGUGAAAGAGAGAGAGAGAGAGUGAAAGAGAGAGAGAGAGAGAGAGAGAGAGAGAGAGAGAGAGAGAGAGAUCCAAGCCGGCGCACGCUCUCUCUUUUGCUGCUACAACGGAUCCUUUCCACAUCGACGCUACUGUUAACGUCACGCCUGUAAGCCGCGCGCUCACCCAGCGCUCGCCUUCCCUGUCUUGCUCCUCUCCCUAGUCGGACGCUGCAUUAGCGAGGGGGUGCUGAUCACCGCGAGGAGAGGAGGGGGAGAAAAAAGAACUGGAAAACAAGAAGAAAAAAGAAACAAGCCGGAGAGAGGAAGGAGAAACUGCGCACCACCCCUCCUCCCUCUAACCCACCUCGAUCAACCCAGCUACAACACCCCCACUCCUCCCAGCACCCCCUUCCAUCCCCCACCCCCACUCCCCCUCUGAAGAAAUUGACGGAUUAUUGGGAAGUGCAAGGGAGGCAGGCUGCAGCUGCUGCUGUGUGUGCUCACUACUGCUGCUGUGUGCUUCGCGGGGAUGGUGUGUGUGCGUUUGCAAUCGCUGCUGCUGCUGUCGCCACCACGGCUGCCGAGGCUGGAGCGUGUGGCUAGUUAAGAAGGGGAAGAAGCUAAUGAAGGCAUUGCGUGUCGCCUAGUCUUUUCAACCCCCGCCGAGCACUCCUGGAGGAAGAAGAGAAAAAAAAAAAAGAAAAAAGAAAGAAAAAUCAAGUGGACACGACGCCACAUUGAGAGGGGGAGCAAGGGGAAGAGAGCGAGAAAGGGCUGUCAGACUGACCAACCGACCAACUGAUUGACCACUAAAAAGUGAACAGAGGAAUACAGAGAGGAGGGGGUCUUUUUUUUUUUUUAUCCCCCGGCUUGUGAACCUCCCCUACUAACCAUCGCAAACAAAAGGCAAAAGAACAUUGGAGAGGACUGUGGAAUUUUCAUUCAACCUUCUUCAAUCCCACUCCCACCUACCUCCCUCUUUUCGUCCUUUCUGCCUUGGCUUUUUGUUGCGCAAAAAAAUUGUGCGUGUGUUUGUGUGGUCGCCUGUGCUAUGGAGACCUGGGUAAGGUGUCUAGCAGGGGGAUCAACUGUCGGAUUCCAAGGACAAGCAAGAGAAGAGGAGCCGACAGCGAGAAGCGAGCAAGGGAGCACUGCUGCUUUGGGAGCCUGACUGGAUUCCUAUCUGCAAUCUUUUUUUUUUCUUUUUUGUUUUUUUCUAAUCAACAAGGAAAGGGAGGGAAAAAAACACUCACAAAAGGGCCUUUCGAACCUUUCUCUUUGGAUGUGUGGAUUUACAAAAGGGCUCAUCUUGGUUAAGCUCUUUGGCAUUGAUACCUGUUUUGACAGAGCAAAUAUAAAAAGGCUUUCUUUGCUGCUCUUGGGAUAUACAUACAUCUGAUGUGAAUACCACAGCUCUUUCUAUUGCAAACAGGAGGGAAACUAUAUAUCUCAGUUCAAGGGACCUGUAAUAAUAACUUGAGGUAGGUGUCUAGUGUUUCAACCCCUCUUUGCAUCAAUUUGUAACCCUCCCUUCUGUCUUGUAAUACGGUUUUUGGUUGCUUAAUUUAUCAUCAUGUCCUUCUCAUACACACGUUUCAGAAAAGCCAGCCCUCUCUACCCUCCCUUCUGCUUCUGCCCCUGAACACAGUUCAUGGGAAUAAAAGCAUUGGUUAAUUGAGGAUAGGUCAAGCCCUCUUGCCCCCUUAGCAAACACCCAAAACCCACGUUCUCCCCUUGUCCUCUUCAGUUCCCUUGACUUAUUUGCUCUGGUCCCCUUAACACUACUACCAGCCAACCAGCUACUUCCCCUGAUCCCCAAAGCCCCCAAACACCACCCCCAAACACCCCCAUCCUCCCCCCCAGAUGAUGCUGAAUUAUGAACGUGCCACAUCAUGAGUCUCCUGGGGCGGGUAGCUGUGCAUCGUGCCAGGAAAGCCGCCCUGCUCUGUGUAGUCUUCCUGAUGGCGCGAGCGUGGAGCAGCGCCUCCCUGGCCUUGGCGGGGGCGGCGGUGUCUCAGGGACCCCAGGGCUGUCCACCGCAGUGUUCCUGCAGUAAUCAGCAGGGGAAGGUGGUGUGCACCCGACGUGGCCUCACCCGCGUGCCCCCUGGCAUUCCUGCCAACACGCGACACCUCAAUCUAAUGGAAAACGCCAUCGAGGCGGUGCAGGCUGACUCCUUCCGCCACCUGCACCACCUUGAGGUGCUCCAGCUUGGGCGCAAUGCCAUACGGCAGAUUGAGGUGGGCGCGUUUAAUGGACUCACCAGCCUCAACACACUGGAGCUGUUUGACAACCGGUUGACAGUGGUGCCCAGUGGGGCCUUUGAGUACCUGUCUAAACUAAGAGAACUGUGGCUGAGGAACAACCCCAUCGAAAGUAUCCCUUCCUACGCCUUCAACCGGGUGCCCUCCCUCAUGCGACUGGACCUGGGGGAGUUACGGAAACUGGAGUACAUCUCAGAAGGAGCUUUUGAGGGCCUACAAAACCUCAAGUACCUCAACCUGGGCAUGUGCAACAUAAGGGGUGAUUUGCCAAACCUGAGUCCCCUCAAGGGCCUGGAGGAGCUGGAGAUCUCUGAAAAUCACUUCCCAGAGAUAAAGCCAGGCUCCUUCAAAGGCAUGCGCUCGCUGAAAAAGCUAUGGGUGAUGAACUCACAAAUCACGGUGAUAGAGCGCAAUGCUUUCGACGACCUAUCUUCAUUGGUGGAGCUUAACCUGGCCCAUAAUAAUCUGAGCGCUGUGCCACAUGAUCUGUUCUCCCCGCUCAGGUACCUGGUGGAACUCCAUCUCCACCAUAACCCUUGGAACUGUGGCUGUGAGGCUGUAUGGUUAGCACGCUGGCUAAGGGAGUACAUCCCUACAAACUCUACUUGCUGUGGGCGCUGUCACUCACCUGCCAGCAUGAGGGGCCGGCAGCUGGUGGAGGUGGACCGAGGUGAGGGCGCUGCAGUCCAGUGUUCUGCACCAUUCAUUGCUGAUGCACCAAGGGACUUGAACAUCUCAGCAGGUCGAGUAGCUGACCUUCGUUGCCGCACAGCCCUAAUGUCUUCAGUGCGCUGGCUCCUACCCAAUGGGACUAUCCUGACACAUGCCUCUAAUCACCCGAGAAUAUCAGUCCUCAAUGACGGUACCCUUAAUUUCUCAAAUGUACUGGCAGUAGACACAGGCACUUAUACCUGCAUGGUGUCCAAUGCAGCUGGGAACUCAAAUGCCUCGGCCUACCUCAAUGUGAGUGCAGCUGAGCUUAAUACAUCCAACCUGAGUUACUUCACCACAGUGACUGUGGAGGUUUUGGGGCCGACCACUGAGAUGCCCAAACCUAAAACAACCACGACCACAGCUGCUGCUGCAGGGGCUGGAGUAGCUGGAGGCGGAGGAGUAGGGCUGGGGACAACAACUACAACUGCCUCUCCUUCAGUCUUUCAGCCAGUCUUCAUCUCCACGCCAACUGUGCUGCUGCAAAGCACCGACAGCCCAUCGGGUGCAGCAAAGACAUCAGUGGUGCCAGGACUCCAAGGUGCCACUGGCAAGCCAGGCAAGUCUGGCCCUAGCUUGGAUGAAGUGAUGAAGACCACUAAGAUCAUCAUAGGCUGCUUUGUAGCGGUGACACUGCUGGCUGCUGUCAUGCUCAUCGCCUUCUACAAACUGAGAAAGCGCCACCAGCAAAGGAGCACAGUGGCAGCUGCACGCACUGUGGAGAUUAUCCAGGUGGAUGAGGAGGACCUUCCUCCACCAGCAUCUGCAGCUCAAGAGACGGCUCUCACGUUGCCUGAAAUCCGGGACCAUAACAGUAUACACAAACUGGACUUUAUCAGCCACAAUACUGACUAUAGCUUUCACAAACCCAAGGCCGAGUACAAACCCCAGCCUGAUUUCACCCUUCACAAGCCGAAGGCUGAGUAUACCACAUACAAGCCAAAUAUGGACUUCAGUAGCCACAAAUUCAUCCCAGAUUACAGUACUCACAAGUCUACACCAGAUUUUAGCCUUCAUAGACCAAAGCCUGACUACAGCCCAUUUAGACAGGACUACAGUACUCACAAACCUAAAGCAGAAUACAGCCCAUUCAAACCAGACUUUGGCACUCACCCAAAAACUAAAUCAGACUACAGCCCGUUCAAACCAGAUUACGGCACUCAUCCUAGGCAGAAAACUGACCUCAGCCCAUUCAAACGAGAUUACAGCACCCAACCAAAAUCUAAACACGACUACAGCCCAUUAAGAUCAGACUACAACACACAGCAUAAACCCAAGGCUGAAUACAGUCCAUUCAAGCCAGACUUUGGCACUCACCCACGACCUAAACCUGAUUACAGCCCGUAUAAGCCUGACUACAGCACUCAGCCUAAACCCAAAACGGACUACAAUGCCCAGAGAUCUAAAACUGACAGUACCUACAAACCCAAGGACCCUUACUCGUCCCAUAAGACUGGAACUGAUUACAGCGCCUUCAAGACUGACUUCAGCCCCCACAAAGCGGAUUACAGCGCCUUCAAGUCUGACUUCAGUCCACACACUCAGAGACCUAAACUUGAUUACAGUCCACACAAAGUGGACUACAGCCCCCACAAAGUGGACUACAGCACUCUAAAGCCCAAAUAUAACACCUACAAACCAACUGGCCAUGGGGCUAAAUGGACAGAGAACAAUGUUGGGAACUCUUUGCCUCGAACCUUGCCCAGCACCAUCACAGCAAUGGCUGAGCCCUUUGUCAUAAAAACUCACACCAAGGAGAAGGUGCAGGAGACUCAGAUUUAAGAAGCCCCCCCUCCAAAAGGCUCCCACUCCUUUCCCUAGUUUCCUAGCUCCCACCCACCCCUGCCCCUCGCCCCCACCUUCAUCAUUUCCUCAUAAAAUCAUGCAAUAGAAUGCACAACGAAAAAAGGACAGGAACUACUUUUUUGUACAGAGUGCAAACUUAAAAAGACUGAUGAUUUCUUGUUGUACAUGCUUAUAAAUAAAUAUAUAUAUGGACAAAUUGAAACUACCAUGGGCUGGUGAUAGAGAAACAUAUAUUAAAAAGAAAUUGAAACUAUUUUCUAACUUGUAACUUCUAUUUAAAACAAUGAGUUGUUUAAGAUGCUGUCUUGACUUUGACAAAUGAGGGUAGUCUUGUUUUAAAAAAGGGGGCAUUCUGUGUGAUUUUUACACCAUGCUACAGAGAAUGCAGUGAUAAGAAAAAAAAAUAUUUAUACUGAGAAGACUUUCUUUAACAAAAACCGAAAAAAGGUCAGUGUCGAUCUUUACAGGUUUAUCUUGUAAAAGCACCAAGAAUUUGUACUGUGCCAAAUGUUAUAAAUGCAAUAAAAAGGAUUUUUGGAAGAAAAAAA